UCUAUAUCCUCGAGAAGUACUACAUGUAUAUCUGAGAAAUUAUGGUUGAACUUUAAGUAUUGAAUUUGAUGUACGCGAUGAUUUUCUAAAUUAUGUCAAUAUAAUAAGAUAGCUGCAACAUGCACCUAUACUUUGUAAUUUUGGGACCUGCCUCUCUGACGUAAAAACAUGUUCAGGAUUUUAACGGGACUAAAACUGAAAGUUUGCUGAGUGAGGAAGCAUGGGAAACGGGGCUUCUAACAUCACUCCUUCUCCUGGUGAUAAUGGAGACAGAGACCAUGUGGAUGAGACAGAGACGCCUCCGGUAGUUGCAGCUGGAUCUCAUCAAGUGGCUACAAAGAAAGACAGCUCAAAACCAAAGAAGAAUGUAAAUGACACAAAUACGAAACAAGAAGUUGAUCUAAAAGUAUCAAGUAAGCAAGAAGCUAAAACCACAGUUGAUGAUUCCCUCGAUGAAAAGAUUGCGCCACUGAAAAGUACCAACCAGCAUAACGAAAGCGAAAAAAGUUCUACAACUGAUGAAGCAGAAUCAAACGUUUUAUCUGAACCAUCAUCUGUUCUAGAAGCUCAAAGUUCAUUAGAUAUUGUUAAGCCUGAUAUAAAUGACUCAAUUGGAAAUGAUCAGUUGACAUCAAAUGAAACAAUCGUUAAUAACGAUGACAUAAAAGAAAAUGCGCAAGAAAGCAGUGUAGAGCCACAUACAUUUGACAACUGCAGUGAACCUUAUGAAGCGAAUCCAGACAAUAGGAAUGAUGACGUUUGUAAAAAUAGUGAUACAGUAGUGGAAGAUGAUAACAAAUCUGAGCGAUUUAAAGAAAUUGACAGAUCGUCAAUAAAAUCAGAUCAACUUGAUGAUAACAAAACUAUUAUUGCAAAUGAAAAUAAUGACGAAGAAGUGAAGUCAAAUGAGAAAGAACAUGACUGUGAUGCGAAAACGGAAAAUGUUAAACAGUUAAAUAAUGUUAACGACGAGAAGACAGAAGGUCGGGUUGUACAACUUAGUAUUACUGAAGCUAUGGAUAAAGUCAGGUUUACUCAAUUUCCGACUCCAAAGUUGCUUAGGAAUGCCCAGAAUGAAUUCAUUGGUUUAAACAUUGACCCGGUGCAGAGUGAAUAUGAUAUUCCACUUCCAUUCCCACCACAAAGUAGGAAGGAUGAGGUUUUCAAUCUGGCACAAUACAAUCAUCUCGACAAUAUAGCGGCAACGAGCCCGAAGUAUUUAAUAGGGAGGAAAAUGGAAGAACUGAUCGCAUAUAUUACCCAAGACUGUCAAUCUGAAAAAGAAGCAGUCAGGGCAAUAUUCCGUUGGAUUGUCGCUCAAGAUAUUACAAAACUGAAAGAUAAACCGGCUCCUUUUGACUCUCCGAUGGAAAUCUUACUAGAUGUGAAACAUGGGGACCAGGAUUACGCUGAUUUAUUUAAUAACAUAUGCAGGAUUGUUGAUAUACCAUGCUCCAAGGUUCAUGGAUUUCUAAAGGGCAGAGAUUACAAAUCUGAGAAAGAUGAACGAGAAGAACUCAGAGGGACAUGGUCAGUUGUGCUAAUAGAUGGUGUGUGGAGAUUUAUAGACGUAGAGCGGGCAUCCUGUCAGUUAGAGAGAACAGAGAACGAGGAAUUAGAAUCACUGAAAAGAACAAGGACACCAUUAAAGCAAGAUAUAUCAGCAAAUACUCAUCAAUGUAACGAGUUUUACUUCUUCACAGACCCCGAGGAGUUUAUCUAUAGUCAUCUUCCAGAUGACUCUACUUGGCAGUUAUUAGCCAGACCCGUUGCAAAGAGAGAAUUUGAAGAGAUGGCAUUCUUACAACCAGAUUUCUUCCAGCUUGGAAUGACUAUCAGAAGCCAUCCAAGAUGUGUUCUGUACGCUAACGAUGGAGAAAUUAGUAUCAAGUUGGGAAUGGAUCGAAAUCUCAAAAGAAAAUUCAAAUAUAGAUUAUGCAUAUCAACAGAUGGAAUAUAUUCUGAAGAAUUCGGGGAAUAUAAGUUGGAUAGAUUUGUAUUCAUGCAGUGUUUGGACCUGACAUUUAAAUGUAAUAUAUCAUUCCCUGGAGCGGGUGAAUAUAAACUGGACAUAUUUGGAAAUGAAUGUGACAGUGGUAUCGAUGAUGACUUCAAACCGCUUUGUACAUACGUCAUUCACAAUGAAGAACCGUCGAAGAACUGCGAUCCGUAUCCAGUUAAUAACAGAAUAGAAUGGGGGCCUGGGAUGGACACUGAUAUUCUUGGCUUGAAAGCCACGUCUCACGAGACUGGAAUGAUACUGGUGAAAGAUGGAGCGAUUGAGGUCACGUUUUCGUGUGAAAAUGAAUUGAACUUCGUGCAUGAACUUACAUGUAGUAAUCAGCCUCCCGCUGUUGAUUUACAAAGGUACGUGGUGCAUCAGAGCUUUGACAGAAUAGUUACAUUUUAUGUCCGACUUCCAAACGCAGGGAUGUAUGGCUUGAAUAUAUUUGGGAAAUUAGCAAAUAAAAAGGGUCUAGUACCAAGUAUAUGUACUUACUUACUAUCAUGUGACUCAAUAAGUCGGUAUCCUCAUCCAUAUCCAUCUGGAAUAUCACAUGGAAGAAUUGGGCCCAACGCUGAUUUUAGUUCUUUGGGUCUUGUUACAAAAACUCCCAAUAAUCCGAUCAUACAAGUUCCACAUAUCGGGGAAGCUCAUGUGAGCUUUGGACUGAGCAAACCAAUGGAUGUAGUUACAGAGUUGACCUUCCAUGGCAACAACGAUGCACCUGCAGAAUCACUGAAUCAGUUUGUAUUCCAUGAGAGCACAAUGGAUGACCUUACAAUUGAUGGGAUCCUACCCUACCAAGGUCAAUACCAUCUAUGUGUCUAUGCAAAAGAGGCCAGCUCUGACGAUGGCUUCCCACGUGUCUAUAGUUGUAUCAUACAAGCUGAUAUUCCCAAACUAAACGCAGUUCCAUUCCCAAAAUGCUUACCUGGUUGGUCAACCGAUUGUGAACUCUUGGAGCCAAGAACCGGGCUCCUUCCAUCCAAUGAGCGCGUCCACUUUGCAGUUAGAGUCUCGAACACAACCGAUGUGGUAGUCGUAGGAGCUCGAAAUGAGUGGAAGCACCUCACCAAAGGAGAUGAUGGUAUCUGGAGUGGUGAACUGACAACUGGAGAAGCUGGAACGACGUUGAAGCUGAGUUCAUGUAUGAACACCGAAACAAAACAAUAUAAAGGGCUUCUGGUGUAUGAGAUAAAGACAGGUGCUGAUAUUGAAAAGAUAAAAGAUAAUACGAAUGACUAUGUAACGAAUUGCCCCUCAGAGCAACAAGAUCUUCUUGAAGUUGCAGUUCUUCUCCAAAAGAAAGAAGAAGAUAAGAAAUUAAAUAGACUUCGUGAGAUUAGAGAUGUCCGUGACUCUAAAGACAGUGCUAAAGACAUGACCAACAACACGUCUACAGUUACUGUCAACCACGUAGAAAAGUCUGAAGACUCUAAACGAAGAUCUGCCAAGGUUUCAUCAAGAGACAGUGAUGCCAAAUCUAAAGGUACAAGGCAUAGUAGAAGAAGCAAACAUAGUAAAAGAAGUGAUUUGCGGGGGAAGGAAUCUUCAAAACAAAAGGAAAAUCAUGAGUGUAAGGAAUCAGUACACGAAUCGAAUGACAAGCACACAGUUAUAGGUAUUACUGACGAGGUUGCAGCAACGAAACAAAAGAAAGAUGAUGCAGAUAAGGAGGAACUGAUUAAUGAUAAUGUCGAGAAUGCACAAAUGAUAAGUGUGAUUGAAGAUGAGACAGACGAUGAGAGUGAGAGCCAAACUGCAAUUAUUACAGUCAGAAAGACUGAUCGAUUGGCGUCAACAGCUGACACCAUCGACGCUGAAUUGAUUGAAAAACAUGAUGAACAUUUACAAGAGAGUGCUACAAUGAGCCUAGAAAACGAUAAUACUAAUAUCACUAGAGAUGAAACACCAAUUGCAGAGGGGUCAGCUGGGAAUGCUGAAUCGGACAACGAUGUUACACCGAGGGAGCAAACCUUUGUAUUGAAUGAGGAUGAAGUCACAGAUAAGAGAAAUGAGAAUGUCUCUGAAGGAGACAUUUGUAAAGAAUCCAAAGAAGAUGAUUUUGCUAUAAAAGCAAAACCUGCCGAGCAUGAGGAAAGUACGGGUGAUCACGAAGAUUCUCUUUUUAUUCCUGAUGACGAUGGCUCUGCAACACUUGACUCUCAAAUUGGACCAGUACAACAAACAGAUGCGCCUCAAUCAAUCAAGGAAGAUAAUACUGUACAUGAAAUGCAGAAAGUGAAAGAAAUCCAAUCCAACCCAAUUAACAAUAUAGACGAAGCUGAUCUUGAAGAGGAAGAGCUAGGAAAACUUAAAGUAAAAGAAUGGCUGGAGGACCAACAUUUACACCCAAUAACAAAUAAUAACUCUAUUGCUUCGAAAGAACAGAAAAUACCAACAACUUAUGAGGAUAGUGGAAUGGCAACAAAGACUGAGCACACUAACCAAACUGUCACUAGUCGCCCUAGGAGUAGCCUGCGUAAGAUACCAGCAGAUGAGGUAGGGAGUGUAGCGGCCACCGAGAAGUCACAGAAACAUGUUGCCUUCAGUGAAAAACUAGACCAGAUUAGUCAGAUGCAAGAUGACGAUGAAAAAUCAAGACAGCUUGACGAAUUGGCUGACAUGUUGGCAGAGGAAGUAAAAAGAGACCAAGAAAGCAUUGUCACCGAUGAAGACUACCUGCUUGGCAUUUAUGACUACACAGAUAUGAGGAGAAUAGUGGCGAGAGAUAGACUUGUGGCUGCAUUGAAGACAGGGAAUGUUGAAAAGAUGGCGAAAGCAUUGAAUGACUUCAAGUUCCUCAAGUGUAAGGAUAAUGAGGGUCUCAUCAAAAAGGCUUCAGAGAAAAUCAAUGUGGUACUCCUGAAAGAAGAAUUGGUGGAAGCACUUUACAAAAGAGAUCGCAUUGGAUUGAUCAAGGCUCUAAAACGUGUAAAUAAAUACAGACCACCAGAAUUGACAUUAGAAGUGAUGCAUGCCCGACGUCUCCUGGAGCAUCUAGGCAGCAUAGAGAACGCCAGGAAGACUAUCAUGAAUAUGGACGCUGCUACGAUAUCUGAGAUCCGAAGAUAUUCAACCCCAAGGCCCGUUGUGCACAUCGUCAUGUCUUCUUUACUACUUGUGUUGGGAGAUCACGAAGGCAAAACAAAGAGUUGGAAAAAGUGUCAGAAGAUUCUUAGUAACGUAGGUGCUGAGGGUCUCAGUAGACGAGUCGGAAACAUGGAUGUGGAGGAACUUCAUCCGGAGAUUGCAAUGAAAGUCCGUGUAAAUCUAAAACAGAUUGACCUGAGGGACGUACAGAAUGCAAGUGCUGGACUGGUGCCCUUUUUUAUAUGGAUGCGAGAAAUGGUAGACGAGUGUUUGAUCCGCUACAAAAAGGGUGGUGGCAACAAAUCAACGUUAGCGCCAGCAGUGAAAUUACGACAGAAAGAAAUAUUUGGAGAACUUUCAGAGGCAGAGCGCGUAAGUCUAUAUCCAGAAGAGCUUAUAAUGCCUUUUGGUUCUUUACCCCGCCGUAAAACUGCUGUAAGUAGGAUUCCUCCCAACGCAGAGGUAAACCCAUUAACAAUCAACGCAUAUAAUCCGGCUAAACGCCCUGAUGACAUUUGUGCUCACACCGAGUUUAGAAGAGAGUACAAUAAGAGACUAAAAACAGCACCGACCAGGCGUAAAAGUCAACCUGUGGACGCAAGUGGUAAAUCACAGGCUCCAGAGUCUUAG